AUGUCCACUCGCAAACCUCCAUCAACCCCACUGGUGGUCAUUCUGGGAUCCACGGGUACGGGAAAGUCUGAGCUGGCUGUCGAUUUGGCCGUCAGAUUCGACGGGGAAAUCGUCAAUGCAGAUGCCAUGCAAAUGUACAAUGGCCUGCCCAUCAUCACCAACAAGAUAUCACAUGAGGAGCAACGAUCUAUUCCACAUCAUCUCCUCGGCAAUAUCAGUCUAGAUGAAGAGACCUGGAUUGUCGGUGUCUUCAAGAAAAAGGCUAGCAAGAUCAUUCAGGAGAUUCGCAGCAGAGGGCGUCUCCCCAUCGUCGUGGGGGGGACGCACUACUACACUCAGGCAUUACUCUUCAGGGACAACCUGAUAGAAGCGAAUAAUGAGACCCCGGAACAAUUGCCAGGGCAGGACAAAUCCGCCGAGUUCCCGAUACUGAAUGAUACUACCGAGGCGAUGUGGAAGAGGCUGAAAGAAGUCGACCCUGUUAUGGCUGAUCGGUGGCAUCCGAAUGACAGGCGUAAAAUCCAUCGUUCCUUGGAGAUAUUCCUUACCACAGGCAAGCGGGCCUCAGAUAUCUACGCGGAGCAGCAGAAGAGGAAAGCCCAGCAACAGGCUGUUGCAAAACACGAAUCGGACCCACAGCCUGGCUCUGAUCCGUUGUUAUUCUGGGUACACACCGAGGAUCAGGCCCUCAAAGACCGACUCAACAGGCGCGUUGACAAGAUGUUGGAGGCUGGUCUCAUGGAUGAGAUUGCCAAAAUGAAUAAUUACCUGCAGUCUACACUUCAAGCUGCUGAAUCUGUGGACUUUACGAGGGGCAUAUGGCAGUCCAUCGGAUUCAAAGAAUUUCAGCCGUACCUAAGAGCAGUGGAGAACGGAAUGGACGGACCAGAUCUGGAGUCUUUGAAGCUUGAGUGCCUAGAGAAGAUGAAGACCGCCACCAGGAGGUACGCCAGGUACCAGAUGAAGUGGAUAGCAAAGCAGACGAUACCUCUGCUCCAGGGGGAGGGCAACUUCGACCGACUCUAUGUCCUCGACAGUACCGAUGUCACACAGUUCACGAAGCAAGUCAUAGAUCAGGCUGCAGACGUGACUCGGAAGUUCCUCGCCGGUGAGGACCUCCCGGCUCCAUCGGAGACUGCAAGGGAAGUGCUUAAAGCUGCAGAAGCUGCAAACUCGGCUCAGGACACGCCUUGUCGCAGAUAUUGUGAUCUUUGCGAUGCUACUCUCCUCUCCGAGGAAGCCUGGGUGAAACAUAUCCGAGGGAAGGCUCAUCGGAGGCAAGUUCGGCAUAGGAAGCGCACUGCAUUGGUUCCUGUAGAAUGUGUCGACGCCGAAGUAUCCAAGGUCGAGACAAAUUUGGGCGAUUGGAGUGCUGCAAGUUGGAAGCUCUCUGCUCAUACUGGCGAAACGCAACCUCGCACAGGUACAGAGUGAUUUCAGUGAAUGGUACUCUUUC